UCGUGCUUCUCCACUCACCCGAUACGGGAAGGCGAUGUCAUCACACGACACAUCAGAGCUGUCAGCGGCGAGCAUUCCUGUGACGGAAAGACGGAUACAGAGCUUGCGGCCUCCCGGCGCUUUAUCAUGAACCGUGAGGAGGUCGGCCUCCAUCUUGUACACCGUCUUGCCUGAAGUGACCCCCGUCUGCAAAGCUGUCGUUGCGAAUGGCGGUCACGGCCCAGACGCGGACGCACGCCAUGCGUACAAAGAACUAAGUCUCCCAGUCGGUUUUAGCCAGCGGGUGAAAUGUCAGUGUCCUUCUACUGCGGAGCAUGGAGUGACGACGAAGACGACGACGACGACGACGACGAGCACAGUUCCCCCGGCAGCGCCUAUGGAGACGACCUGCAUCUGGACGUGGGGACUCUGAUCGUCUCGCCCUCCUCGGAGUACCUGGUGGAGAGCGUCAUGGGGUGCGGGGCCUUCGGAACCGUCGUCCACUGCAAGAACGUGUCCAACAACGACUCCGUGGCUCUGAAGAUCAUCAUGGAGACCAAGUUCAACGUCGACGCCCGGAAAGAGGUAGAGACCCUAGAGUUGCUGAAAAACUUCAACUUGGAAAAAUACAACAUCGUCAAAUGGUAUGGCUCUUUCGUCCACGAGGGCCACUACUGCCAUGAGUUUGAGAAGCUGGACAUGAGCCUCUACCAGUACCAGACCACUAUGAAAGCGUGUCUGGAGCUCAGGGAGAUCCGGCCCAUUCUGCAGCAGGUGGCUCUAUCUCUGCAGCUCCUAAAGAGCCUCGGGAUAGCCCACACAGACCUGAAACCAGACAAUAUUAUGCUAGUAGAUCAUGUGCAUCAGCCGCUGAGGGUUAAAGUCAUUGAUUUUGGUACGGCCAUUCUGAUUUCAGACCGCUGCAAGGGCCCCGAACUGCAGACGCUGUGGUUCAGGUCCCCAGAGAUCCUGCUGGGGGCUUCCUUCAACGAGGCCAUCGACAUCUGGUCUCUCGGCUGUAUUGCGGCGGAACUCUUCAUGGGCAAAGCGUUGUUCCCCAGCAACGACGAGUUCGACAUGAUGAGACACAUACUGCGCAUCAUAGGAAAGCCGCCAAACCACCUGCUGAACACCGGGGCGUACACCAAACAGUUCUUCCAACAUUACAGUGCAAGGAGCGAGCAAAAGAAGCCUGACCUUUGGAUAUUUAGGUCAUACUUGCACACUUGGGCUUGCAGACCCUGCACCCUCAACAGCCUCACUGACCUUCUGGAGGGCUCCGAGGAACUCAGCGGAGAGGACGCCCGAGCCGACGACCUGGACAAGAGGAGCUUCGUGGAGCUGCUGGUGAAGAUGCUGCAACUGGAUCCCACGGAAAGGAUCAAACCGCAGCAGCUCCUCCAGCAUCCCUUCAUCACGAUGAGCCACCUGGUCGGGGACUUUACCGACUGCCAAUAUGUCAAAUCCUCCAGAGACCUCCUCAACGAACAUUUAGCCCAGUCCGUUUUAAACCAAGGAGACGUCCAGCAGUCAGAAACCGCUUGACAACGCGCCAGACGGUUGAGGAUUCAUAGAAAACCAGGACAAACAAAGACUGUUUUGUUUUGUGGAAUGUAUUUUAUCGAAACAA